AUGCCUUCAAGAAGGAAGCGACGCCCGAAGCUGUCGCCAUCGCCGGCCUCGGCCAGCUGCCGGCCGGCCAGCCACCGAGGACAAGGCAUUAGCCCGGAGCUUAUCACGCCAUCCUGCUUCAUGCUUCUGGCAAGACCACCUCCCUUUCCUCAACCACCAUCACCAUCACGGCCGCCACACCCGCUCCAGCCCAGGACUGCACCGCCGGCCGACCUCCGGCGCCGGCAGAAGCACCACCGUGCCCCUCACGGCCACCCCAAACCUCCCGCAGCACCAGUCACCCACAGCACUACCGGAACUGCAGCCAUGCCUCCGCGCCACUCCAACACGCCCCUGGGAGGGCCACCGCCCUGGCCCACGGACGCCCGGCGAGCUCCAGCCGCUGCAGAUCAGGGCGGAAGCGCCCAGCACAGAAGCACUGCACCACUGCAGCCUCCAAAGCACCCCCGGCACAUGGCCAGCCGCCGUGAGCACGACCUCCAUCACGCCGCAGCAGCCUGCAUCCCCGAGCUGCUCCAAGGUUCAGCCGACGCCCCCAACUCCUCACACGCUGCCUGGAACAGCCGCCAACGUUGCCGAAACAGCCCGCGCGCGCCGCCGCCGCUCCAUGCCGAGCUCCCGCUGCAGACCAGGGAACUCGCGCUCCUCCGCUGCAGGCACCUCCACUCUACGCUCGCCCCUGCCUCCACGCCUUGA